UUAAAUUGCUGAGCUUCAGAGAGGCUUAAGUAAUUUGCCCAAGUUGGCACUUCUGUUAAAUGGUCGAGUGUCUCUGACCCCAGAGUCCAGGCUUACCUUGCACCCUGAUGGAACACUUUGUUAAGGAGUCCACUCCUGCUCAGAUGCCUGCAUCAAGGACAGACCAGAAAAACUUAUGAGACUCAGUGGGUUACCUGCUGCUCACCAGGGCAUGCUCUCAGGACCCCCCUCAGAGAGGAAAGUGGUCACGUCUGGUCUGAGGAGCGGCCUGCUCACUCUCUCCAGGCUGGGGCUGUGUACCUGAGUGAGGAGGAGCCCCCACAUGGCCCGAUGGACCAGGACAUGUCAGCAGAAGAGGCUGAUGCGGUGGUGGGACUGGACAGCGCUGGGGAUCACACGGUGAUGCUGUCUAUGAUUCCGGGGGAAGCUGAGGACAAACCGAGCUCAGAGCCCAGUGGUGGCACCUGCGAGGCUGGAGGCGAGGAAGAUACGAGGUGCAAUCUCAGAGAAAGCCUCUUUUCUCUGGACAACGUUGGAACAAACUUCCCAGAUAGAGAGGAGGAAUAUUACACAGAGCCAGAAGUGGCAGAGUCUGAACACGCUCCGGCAGAGGAGUCCAAUAAUACUGAUAGCCUGAAGUCCCCUAAGGUGAACUGUGAGGAGAGAAAUGUGACGGGAUUAGAAAACUUCACCCUGAAAAUUUUAAAUAUGUCACAGGACCUUAUGGAUUUUCUAAACCCAAAUGGUAGUGACUGCACGCUGGUCCUGUUUUAUACCCCGUGGUGCCGAUUUUCUGCCAGUUUGGCACCUCAUUUUAAUUCUUUGCCCCGGGCAUUUCCAACUCUUCAUUUUUUGGCGCUGGAUGCAUCUCAGCACAGCAGUCUUUCUACCAGGUUUGGCACUGUAGCUGUUCCUAACAUUUUGUUAUUUCAAGGAGCUAAACCAAUGGCUAGAUUCAAUCAUACAGACCGAACACUGGAAAUGCUGAAAAUUUUCAUUUUUAAUCAGACAGGCAUAGAAGCCAAGAAAAAUGUGGUGGUAACUCAAGUUGACCAAGUGGGCCCUCUUCCCAGCACUUUGAUAAAAAGUGUGGACUGGUUGCUCGUAUUUUCCUUAUUCUUUUUAAUUAGUUUUAUUAUGUAUGCUACCAUUCGAACUGAGAGCAUUCGGUGGCUAAUUCCAGGACAAGAACAGGAACAUGCGGAGUAGUGUUGGACUGAAAGUAGAAGUUGGAAAGAGGAAUUUCAGUCCUUCGUAUCAGAAAUUAGUGCUAUGAUUUCAUAGAUUUUCUUCGGUGAAAGGCUGACUUUCAACAUCCUCCAGGUUAAAAGAAUCAUGCAUUUGUUGAACUACUGAAUGUGUAAAAAAAUUAUAAAUGGGCGUUUUAACUAGUAUUGUAAUAAGCAAAUGCAAAAAUAUUCAAUAGAAUUCACUGUUCUUGUUUUUACUACUUGAACGUAAUACAGUAUUUUAAGGGAGAAACCCAGUUUAAAAUGUGAAGGCGUAUUCUGGUGGAAUAGUGAGUAGAAUGACAAUAUGUUUACUACAUAGAAGGCAGAAAUUGGACUUUCAGAUUAUAGUUUUAGAAAACUCUUGAUUCCCCGUAUGUCCAAGAAAGUUGGUUUUCUGUUCUUUUGCAAUUUCUUUUCCAGAGUCUAAGCAGGAAAAUGUUGUGAUGGGAAGAGUAACUAGAACCGACAAGUGUGACCUCUCACAAGUAGCAACUGCUACUUGCUGUCUUUACUGAUGGAAAAUAAAAUAAUCAAAGACCUUGAUGCCUGUAGUCUCUAAUUUCACUGGAAGAAUUUGAAGUGGUUUAAGAAGUAUUUCUGGAUAAGGCAGAUGCAAAGAGAAAAUAUAUUUUAUCACCACAGCUAAAGUUUAUC